AUGUUAUCCGAGUAUCCAUGUACCAUGAGCUGCAUGGAAGCUUUUGAUCAAUUAGUUGCUUGUUAUUCAGUUGGAGGUCAAUUUAGAAGUUAUUAUAGAUAUGGUGAGUUUAAUCCUUGUCAAAAGCAAUUAUCUAAAUUCAAAUUUUGCCUGGGGAACUCAAAGAAUCCUAUCAAAGUUCAAGAAUGGUAUAAAGAACAAGCUGAAUAUAAUUCCAAAUUUAGAGGAAGUUCUAAUGCCAUUUGGAAUGAACGUGAGCCAGCAACAAAUGUUGAAUAG